AUGAAUGUGAUCCUGGGGAGAAAUUUGUUGCCAAUUGCAUUGAAUACUUACCUACCCUCAAUCCUGCUUGUCAUCAUCAGCUAUGUCACAGUUUUCUUCAAGCCUUUCUUCUUUGAAGCUGUUGUUACAGUAAAUCUCACUACUUUACUGGUCUUGGUUACAUUGUUUGUUAGCGUUAGCAAUAGUCUACCACCAACCUCCUACAUCAAGAUGAUCGAUGUUUAUCUGAUUUUCUGUCUUCUUAUACCAUUUACUGAAGUUCUUCUAAUCACCAUCAUGGACUUCUUAAGAAUAAAAUCUGAAUCUGGCAGUGAUUCUGAACAUGGACAACAAAAUUCUGGACAGCGAACCAUCAACCAUCAUGGGACUCUUGUAACGGUAGCUGAAGAAAUCACUCCUGUUGAAAAUGCUGCAGUACCUGAUACAACUGAUUUUGUGUUCGUAAGUAGGAGACAAGAGGUUCCCACUGUUAGGAGUAUACUUAAAGCUGACAAAAGAAUUCAACCCAUGGAUCUUAUCCAACGAAAUGAAAAGAUUGAAGUUGAGGCAAGGCAAGCACUGUACUCUCAUGCCAGGAAAAAGGGAAAGAUUUUGAACCGGUUUAAGAAGUUUGCAGUCUAUGGCAUACCGUUCAUCAUUGUCAUGUUUAUAGCUCCUUAUAUGAUUGUAGGUAUAGCACAUGUAUACAGUGCUAGGGUUGAAGCAGCACUCAAGAAUUAAACCAACCGAAACAUAAAUAAAAGAAAAGAUAGUUUCACAAAUAGAGGCUACAUAAGAGCGAAGGUCUCCAAAAUGUUCUUCUACAUAAAGUGAAAACCAGAACACAAUGGAAUAGGAAGACGACAUUAUAUCAAUCCUCAUCAAUCCUCAAGUGUAGCUGAUGGUGUUAAAAAGUAAAUCACUCAUUUAGUGAAAUAGGUCUGUUUACACUGCAAAAUUGCUGUGUCUCAUACUCAUUGGACGUUUCAAACUUCUAAAACUUGAUUCUAAAAAGUCGUCUUCCUAUUUAAGAUAAUUCUGGUUAACACUAAAUUGUAUUUAAAUAAAAUUAAAUUAUGUAAAUGUAAUUUAGAUGUUAUUAAAUGUAAUUUAGAUUUAAGGGCUGCGUUUGAAAUGUAAGUAAACAUUAUUUAUAUGUUAAGAAAAUUCAAAAUUCAGAUUUACGUGAAUAUGAUGUAUAUUCAGGUAUAUUUAAAUGCUAGAUAUGUAAAUGUAAUUUAGAUUUAAGGAUAAGUAAUUUAAAUUUGCGUAAAUGUAAUUUAGAUGUAAGGGCUCCAAUUCAAAUACAAGAUAUUGUUAUUUGAAAAUGAGUAAACAUUAUUUACAAAUAAGUGAUUAUUGCUAUUUAGAUUUAAUGUAAUGUAAUUUAGAUUUAAGUAAAUAUGAUAUAUUUUCAAGUAAACUUAAAAUAUGUUUAUAUGAAUAUUUCUAUAUUUAAGUAAACUUAAAUUAUGUGCCAGUGUAAUUUAGAUGUAAUUAGAUGUAAUUUAGAAUUAAGGGCAGCAAUUCAAAUAUAAGUAAAUGUUAUUUAUAUUUAAUCUAUUGCAAUUUAGAAUUAAGGGCUGCAAUUUGAUUAGAAGUAAAUGCUAUUUAUAUUUCAUCAAUUGCAAUUUAGAAUUAAGGGCUGCAAUUUGAUUAGAAGUAAAUGUUAUUUAGAAUUAAUCUAUUGCAAUUUAGAAUUAAGGGCUGCAAUUUGAUUACAAUUAAAUGUCAUUUAUAAUUAAUCAAUUGCAAUUUAGAUAUAAGUUCUGCAAUUUGAUUACAAGUAAAUGUUAUUUAUAAUUAAUCUAUUGCAAUUUAGAAUUAAGGCUCCAUUUUAAUUAUAAUUAAAUUUCAUUUAGAUUUAAAUGAAUGUUAUUUAUAAUUAAAUAAUGUAAUUUAGAUUUAAGGGAAUGUAAAACGCACUUAUAUGUAAUUGAAUGUAAUUAAUCAUAAUCAAGAAAUAUUUGAGCAGGUACCCCCAAAUCUUUGUUUACAUAUAAAGUAUUAUAACAACAUUAUAUGGGUGAAAUACAGGGUUACCCACAAAGGAAGAGGCUUUAACGACGAGUGUACAGAAUGUAUACUGUACAGAAUGUAUACUGUACAGAAUGUAUACUGUACAGAAUGUACAUUGUACAGAAUGUAUACUGUACAGAAUGUAUACUGUACAGAAUGUAUACUGUGCAGAAUGUAUACUGUUUUUUAUAUUUACGAUUACCUGCAACUAUAGUUGUUUCUUUUUUGCCUAAUCAUUGAAUAAGGCAAAAAAGUUAUAUUUAAGGCAGAAGCCGUAAAUUUAACCCCGGAAUUGUCAAUUUCAAAGAGAUUCAGGUCGUCUUUACAGUCUCAUCCUUUAUGGCUAUUCCUGUAUAAACAAAGCUAACUUGAUCUUAUCUACAUUUUCAGUGGGAGGAAUGUAAAUAUUUCAGUACAAAAAUAUUUGAAGGU